CCAACAUGAAUAAAUGACUAUGUUUGUGUUUGUAAAACCGAGGCUUUUAUUAUGAAGUAUUUAAUUUUCCGCAUGCAAACCGCAGUCGGUUUAGACACUAGUAGAAAGUUGAGAUCCGAUUAGACAAGAAUUACUGCAACUUUAAACGACGUACAUUCAUAGAGGAGUGUUGAAACAAUCUCUGAUUUUCCCGUUUGGGUUACAGUUCAGGGGUUUGCCAGAGGGAAGUGCUGCAUCAAGUCGUAACGUAGCCUACGUACUUAGAGGUGACUGCACAGGGGUGGGACAGUCAAACUUUCGACAGAGCGUUGCUUGGGUUUGUGGCCAACAUUUGAAAGCAGAAGUCUUUUCCUUUCGAGUUAGAAUCGUCGUAUAACGACCAUCAUGUUCAGCUGGUCUAAACGAGAAGGAAAGAAAGACCCAGAACUUUUCCAAAACGUGUCGGAGGGACUGAAGCGCCUCUACCGCACCAAACUCUUCCCUUUGGAGGACACCUAUCAUUUCCACGACUUCCAUUCACCGGCUUUAGAAGAUGCUGACUUUGACAACAAGCCCAUGGUGCUGCUGGUGGGACAGUACUCGACCGGGAAGACCACCUUCAUUAGGCAUUUGAUGGAGCAGGAUUUCCCCGGGAUGAGGAUAGGCCCCGAGCCGACGACGGAUUCCUUCAUAGCGGUGAUGUACGGCGAACAGGAAGGCGUGAUACCUGGCAACGCGCUGGUUGUGGAUCCAAAAAAGCCUUUCCGAAAACUCAACGCCUUUGGAAACGCUUUCCUCAAUAGGUUUAUGUGUGCUCAGUUAAACAACCCCGUCUUGGAGAGCAUCAGUAUCAUCGAUACUCCAGGCAUCCUGUCAGGGGAAAAACAAAGGAUCAGCAGAGGCUAUGACUUUGCAGCAGUUCUUGAGUGGUUUGCAGAACGAGUGGACAGAAUCAUCUUGCUCUUCGACGCCCACAAGCUGGACAUUUCUGAUGAGUUCUCAGAGGUGAUCAAGGCCCUGAAAAACCAUGAGGACAAGAUGCGUGUGGUUCUGAACAAAGCUGACCAGAUCAGCACCCAGCAGCUGAUGAGGGUGUAUGGUGCCCUCAUGUGGUCACUGGGGAAGAUCAUCAACACCCCUGAGGUGGUCCGAGUGUAUAUCGGCUCAUUUUGGGCUCAGCCACUUCUGAUCGCAGAUAACAGGAAGCUGUUUGAAGCAGAGGAGCAGGACCUCUUCCACGAUAUUCAAAGUCUUCCCCGGAAUGCGGCUCUGCGGAAACUCAACGAUCUGAUCAAAAGAGCACGUCUCGCUAAGGUACAUGCUUACAUUAUCAGUGCUCUGAAGAAAGAGAUGCCAAGUGUAUUUGGCAAAGACUCAAAGAAGAAAGAGCUUAUUAACAACUUGGGCGCUAUAUAUGAAAAGAUUCAGAAAGAGCACAACAUUUCACCAGGAGACUUUCCUAAUUUAAAGAAAAUGCAGGAGUUGCUAGCUGUUCAGGACUUCACCAGAUUUCCCGUCUUUAAACCAAAAUUGCUGGAGUUAGUGGAAGACAUGCUAGGUAGCGACAUCGCUAAGCUCAUGACGCUGGUCCGUAAAGAAGAGGCCGCCAUGCCCAGCCAGUCAGUGAAGGGUGGUGCGUUUGAGGGAACCAUGAACGGGCCAUUUGGUCACGGAUAUGGAGAAGGCGCAGGUGAAGGCAUUGAUGAGCUGGAAUGGAUUGUGGGCCGUGAUAAGCCAUCCUAUGAUGAAAUAUUCUACACGCUCUCGCCAAUUAAUGGGAAGAUAUCUGGUGCCACGGCUAAGAAGGAGAUGGUGAAGUCCAAGCUGCCAAACACAGUGCUUGGAAAGGUUUGGAAUCUGGCAGAUGUUGACAAAGACGGCUAUCUGGAUGAUGAAGAGUUUGCACUUGCGAAUCACCUGAUCAAGGUAAAGCUCGAGGGGCACGAGCUUCCGGCCAAACUGCCUGUUCACCUUGUGCCACCUUCCAAACGGCAGGAGCAGAAUUGAAGAGUUGGUUUGAGUUGGUUGGAUCUCAGUGGCUCUCAGCUACAUUCCAAAAUGACAAGCCAUCUUCUAGCUUGUUUUGACCAUUCAUUUGACUAACCAGUCUUCAGGAACUCGAUUUCUGUCUUAAUCAAAAAUGCUUGGCUAAGAAUGAUAGGACUGAGAAGACAAACCAAGAACUUAUGUGCCAGUGAGAGACUUUUUCUUUUUUUCUUAAUUUUGUAAUAUGACUUAGAAAUGGAGAAACCACUAUGAGCACAGAAAUAAUUGAAAUUGAUUGCAAAGUUCUAUGGUACUGUUUAAUGAGCAUUUGAUUGAGAUUGUAAAGCAGCAGGCAAAAAUUUAGUUGAAUUUAAACAAAAAUGUGAAAAUAUUCAAUAUACGGUAUGUAACUCCAAAAUGUUGAUUGCUGUUUUUCAUCUUUAACUUAUUCUUUUCCUUUACAGCAAUUUUAUCUGUUUUUUGAAUACUGUUUUCUUUUGAUUUAAUAUCUCUAAACUAUAUCAAUAUCAGUACAUGUAUUUUGUUAUUUUUGAGGGUGUAUCUUUACUUUCCUUUGGGAUGUUGUGAUCUGAAAUGCUCACCUUCAUUUGAAUGCAGCAAUUGCAUAGACCAAUAAAAGAGUUUAUUUGUAAACUGUC